AUGUUUCUAAUCAACACCUUCCUCCUAAUCUUACCUGUCCUUCUAGCCAUAGCCUUCCUAACUUUAGUAGAACGAAAAAUCCUAGGCUAUAUACAACUUCGAAAGGGCCCAAACAUUGUAGGACCCUAUGGGCUUCUUCAACCAAUUGCAGAUGCUAUUAAACUAUUUAUUAAAGAACCCCUACGACCCCUAACAUCAUCAUCUCUUCUUUUUAUCAUCGCCCCAACUCUAGCACUAACCUUAGCACUCUCGAUAUGACUCCCUAUUCCCAUGCCAUAUCCACUUGUUAAUCUGAACAUAGGCGUAUUAUUUAUCCUAGCAACCUCUAGUCUAGCAGUCUACUCAAUCCUAUGAUCAGGUUGAGCAUCCAACUCAAAAUACGCACUAUUUGGAGCCCUCCGAGCAGUCGCACAGACCAUUUCUUAUGAGGUCACCCUAGCAAUUAUUCUUUUAUGUGUCUUAUUAAUAAACGGCUCAUUUACACUUUCAUCACUCAUCACAACACAAGAAUACAUAUGAAUCCUCUUUCCAGCAUGACCCCUAGCUAUGAUAUGAUUUAUUUCAACCCUAGCAGAAACAAAUCGAGCCCCCUUUGAUCUCACUGAAGGUGAAUCAGAACUUGUUUCCGGAUUUAACGUAGAAUACGCAGGUGGCCCAUUUGCCCUAUUUUUCCUAGCUGAAUACACUAACAUUAUCAUAAUAAAUGCCCUUACAACUAUCUUAUUCCUAGGCUCAUUCCACAGUCACACUAACCCAGAAAUAUUUACAAUUAGCUUCGCCGCUAAAACUCUCCUACUAACAAUGACAUUUCUAUGAAUCCGAGCAUCAUACCCUCGAUUCCGUUAUGAUCAACUAAUACAUCUUCUAUGAAAAAGCUUCCUACCCCUAACGCUAGCCCUAUGCAUAUGACACAUCUCUAUGCCUAUUAUACUCUCAAGUAUUCCCCCUCACAUAUAG